GCAUCCUGUUCCCAGUCCUAAACACAGGGGAAUCACCAUUAAGUCUGUACUGUAGUAUUAUUCAAACAUCAAUUGAUAUAAGUGGAUAAUUUAUUGAUUCACAAGAGUUACAACAAAUAUUGCUCCUGAUAAGAGUUUCUCUCACAUGUUGGAACACGGGUCUUCGUGAACUUGAAUACAACAAUGCACGGACGCUCAACUAAAGUACAUUUUAUUUCAGUGGAUAUUAAGAUUUCUGCCCAAGAAAACAGAUAUAAAAGUGGCAAAUACAUGGGCAAAACUCCAGUGACAAACUACAGAAAAUCAUAGCUGGUAGCUGAUUCUAGCUGCUUUAUAUAUGAUGGAGGAGAAAAAGAAAUUGGAAGACCCGAUCGUUCAAUCGGGGGAAGAUAAUUUUGAAAUUGAACCUGCAAGCACUGGUGAUGGAGGGUUUGAAGAGAUCGUCUGGUACAGAAGGCACGAUAUUUGGGCUUGGUUCGGUGGUAUACUGUUCAUCCUUGCCCUCAUGGGAGCUAUGAUGGGAAUCGGAGAAGCAAGGGGAUGGGACGCUGCUGCAGGACACACUCAUAAUACUAGUGCAACAUCGCUAGACCGUUUCCUCCCGGAGCCAUAUCUCGAAGAGCCGGGUGUGAAAUGGCGGUCAGGAGCUGAUAGAACCGGUCUCUGGUAUUAUUGGAAACUGGACCCUGCCAAGGUGACAGCUGCUAGUAGGGCCUUUAUGUGGAUCGGUUACGCUGGUCACCAGCUUUCCAUAUGGUUUGUGACCUAUAGGGCGCAGGUGGCAAAGGCCUCUAGGCCUUUCGGCGAAAAGAAGUACACGCCUUUUAUGGACAAAUACAAUUGGGCAGCGUUCGGAUUGAACGCAUUCUUUCAUAUACUACAUUUAAUUAAUACACACACUACAUAUGAUGCCACAGCGCAAGAUGUUUCAAUUGCAAGUUCCCAAGGAUCUGUCAUCAUGGCUUUGUGCUUUGUCAUAUUUUUAGAAUACAGCGAACGUGGACUUUGGUUAGGAUGGCCAGGGCCGAACGAUCAUGACAAAGUGGCCAAGAAAAUACGAACAGCACCAUUGGAAGCUGUAAGACUAAUGCGAAAAUACCAUGGUUAUGCCAUAUCAUGGGCUGCCAUAUACACCUUCUGGUACCAUCCUAUGGAGAACACCAUCGGUCACGCAUUUGGUUUCGUCCACACCUGGUUAUUAGUAUUGCAAGGCAGUCUCAUGCACACUAAAUUUCAUCAAAACAAAUGGUGGCGAUUCAUCCUCGAAGCAUGGGUCACUAUUCAUGCGUUGCUAGUAGCUCUUCAAACUGGAGACCCGAACGUACUCAAUGGGACUCUACUUUGGCCAAUGUUCCUGUUUGGCUUCCUCUUUACUCUUUGCUUUACUUGGAUAUACAUUUUUCCAUUCUGGUCAAAAAUAUCAGGAUGGUUCCGUUUGGCCCCCGUUGUACUCUACUUCGCGGCUACGAUCGGUAGUUACAGUCAGAUUCUAGACAGACAAGGACGGCCAUUUACAAGAUUACAGGAAAUUAUUAGAAUACCAGGCAUAAUAUAUAUCUUCUUCUUCGUAAUCUGGGGAUUCGUCGCCCUUUUCCAAUUAAUUGACAAAAAGAUCAACGGAGGUCCUACCACUAAGGCCCCUUCGGCCGGACAACAAGUCGGUUUGAUAUUUGGAUUUCUAUUCGGAUAUGCUGUGAUGAUUGGCGUAUCUAUAAUGUUUCAUGUACUAGACUGGCAGACCCAAAUGUUCACGUUAAUGGCUAUUUUAGUUGCUUUAUUUACUAUAGGUGUCGCUGCUACCAGUGUCUGCUUGCAUAGACUAAUCCCAGCGAGAAUCAGUGCAAAAAUUGAAGACAUGGAUGUAUCCAAUCAAGUUGUGCUGACGUCCAUUGUGCCCAAGGGCGGCCAACAAAAUAAUGGCUAUGACCAAUCAACAGAACAAAUAGUGCAGACAAAAUCUGUGUAGAACAAAUAGGCUUAAAUACAGGGUGGGCAAAAAGUAAUUUCUAUUCCAUAAUUUGAAUUGGGGAUUGUUUUUGCCCUACCCUGUAAAAACAGCAACUUCAUAUUGACAACUAAUUUUUUAAGAUUACAUUUCACAUAUGUAACAUUCCUGUGUAAAAAUGCUUGCAAUAAUAUAAUAUGAUAAAUACAAUGAUU